GUCAGAGGCUACCUGAGAAGGACACUGUGAGGAGGCGAAGCGCUUGGUAAUUGGAAUGGAUUCUUUUCAUACACAAGGUGUCCGUGUUGAUAUAUCUGUAGCGUUCAAACCAGAGCUCCACGCAGGGAAUGAUGAAAUUUUUGCAAAAGAAUUCCUGGCUGCGUUUCCCACGAGACACAAUUGCUCCUCUCCACAAAAAGAAACGAAAAAAACACGCACAAACGUUUCGAAAAUAAAGACGACAAACCUAACAGAGAAAUCGCCAAGACAGGAGCGAAGGAAUGCUCGUGAACGUGGUAGAAAAGCGAGAUUAAAUGCGGCGUUUCAGGUCUUGAGGAGUAUGGUGCCUCACAAUGCUGAUCCUGAUCAAGAACAGAGAAAAUUAACACAGGUUGAAAUUCUAAGAUUGGCGAAAAACUAUAUAAGCUCUCUGACGACCAUACUAGAAACUUGCAAUGAUAACAUUGCCUUUUGCAAACAUCACGACCGGCAAAUAUCCGCCACUCGAACAAGUAACUUGUAUACAAACUAAAUUAGCGUUGGUAGAUUUCCUGACAGGAAAUUAUGGAAGGUGAAC